AUCCUCCGUUUCUCUUUCUUGCUUUUUUCCAUUAUUAAAAGCUUGAAAAUUGAAAGAUUCUAGCUUGGCCCGCCUUCUUCCUCAAGAUUCAACUGCAUAAAAGUACUGCCAAUUUCAUUUCUACGUAAAGAAUUCUCUCCUUUUCUUUGUUUCCAUGGAGGAUGGAGCAGAGAUUGAUCGAUUACCAAUUGACCUCUUGGCUCAUAUCUUUGUUUUCAUAAAUUCCUUCACUGAUUUAGCCCAGGCCAGCAGUGUUUGCAGGAACUGGAAAGAAGCGGUGAAGCAGUCUCUGGCCAGGAGACAUAGUUUGAGCUUUGCAGGGUUGAAGAUAGACGAUAAUUCCACUUCCCGUCUCGUAGGCGACGCUUACAGCCUUAAAGAACUCGACAUUUCCAGGAGCUGUUGGGGUUGCCAGAUAACUGACAAUGGAUUGUAUGAAAUAUCAAUGGCAAAGUGCAUAAGCAACCUGACAUCCAUAUCCUUAUGGGGCGUGGCAGGAAUCACAGACAAAGGUGUGGUUCAAUUGAUAUCAAGAGCCAAUUCUCUGCAGCACUUCAAUAUUGGUGGUACAUUUAUUACUGAUGAGUCAUUAUUUGCUAUUGCAGAUAGCUGUCCAAAUUUAAAGAGCAUUGGCUUGUGGAGCUGCCGUCAUGUAACUGCGAUUGGGCUUCUUAAACUUGUAAAUAAAUGCCGGAAACUGGAGUCCAUUAAUGCAUGGGGAACCAGAGUCCCUGUAGACUGCUUUUUUGGUUUGCUUACCAUUAGUCCAGCUCUUCAAAUAAAGCAUGCAUGAUUUCUGGUAAACGUUGGAAGUGCAGCAAUGUUGCCUGUGCAUGAACUGCUCAUUUGAUGUUUCUUAUUUAUCUGCACAGAUUAUUUCUGCUUUCUAUUUCUAUUUAAGGAAUCAAAUAAACUAGCAAAAUGAAGUGGCGAGCUUCAAAUGCUACUCUGGUAUAGCAGAAUUACCAUAUUCAUGUCUGCAAAUAAUUUGAAAUUUAGUUCUGCAUAUAGAAGAAUGAUGUUUGAGUUUGUACAGUCAAGUUUUACAUGUUCAGGUUAUGUAAUCCAAAGCCCUUAAUUCUGGAUGGAUGGAUCCUAUUGUUCACCAAAAUAAUAAUGGGAAAGUUGUCAUUUUUUA